AUGCCGAAGUCUUUCCUUUUAAAGAGACGAACUCCACAAACCACAACGAACUCCAAUCUCAAAAUUGUUGAUUAUAAAGAAGGUUUGUGGAUAACUAUCAUUUAUUUUUAACCAGUCAGAAAUCAAAUUUUUGUUUAAAUAUCGAUUCGAUUGAACGUAAAAAAGGUUUUAUCCUUUAAGUUACUAGUUCGUUAUUUACAUUAAGAUAGUCGAUGUCAACUUGUUUUGGAAUUAGUUGAAACAAAGUAAUGCUUUUUUCAAGUUUUAAUAUCGACCGUUUUUGGUACAAUCCCUCUGAAAAUAAAUGUACAUUAGCUUGCGGCAUCUGCCAAACUGUAAAGUACGAAAGCGUCUUUAAAAAAGAGAGUUUUGUUAACUUACGCGGAACAUUUCAUUUUGGUCUAACAGAAGCAGUCUCGAACAGCUUUCAGUUAAAAAGAUCCUUUGAGGAACAAACCUACAGACCUCUGCACCAGGAACCCAAGCCAGAACCAAGAGAGGAAUUAUUGGUUCAGAGCUCGGUACUUCAGGGCGCAGGUUACAACACAAGGGCUUUUGUCAUGAACGACGAGCUUGUUAACCAUUCAAGUGGCCGCCAGUUCUCCAUUUUAAGCCCAUAUUACCACUUCACAGCUCCUGAGAGAUUAGCAAACGCCGUCCAUAUGCAUCCUGCCGCAAACGAACAUUUCUUCUGGAGAAAUGAGCUUAGUAUCUCUUCCACCCCAGCUUGUUGUGAUAUUUAUCAGCACGGAGUUCCUCUUGUAACUCCGCCUUCGAUUUCCAUUCCCGAGAAAGUCAAAGAGCCCUACCAGUGUGAUCAGUGCGGUAAGAUUUUCAAAACCAAAUAUACCUUAGCCAUCCAUUUAAAAAUGCCAAAUCACACUCAUGCUCGGCCCUUCGUAUGCAAUACGUGCGGUAAAGGCUUCCGAUUGUCUUCUACACUUUGCAGGCACAAGAUCAUUCACACUAAAGAAAAACCGUACAAAUGCCAUGUUUGUGAAAAAGCAUUUAAUCGCUCGUCUACACUUAAGACACAUAUCCGCACCCAUAGUGAUGAUAAAGAAUUUGUUUGUGAUCGCUGUGGCAAAGGUUUCCAUCAAAAGGGAAACCUGCGAAAUCACUUUCUCAUUCACACGGGAGAAAAGCCGUAUAAGUGCAGCUUGUGCCAGAAAGCUUUCAAUAAAUUGUCGAAUUUGAAGUUUCAUAUGCAUGUGCACACAGACAAUUCGCCAUACCGAUGUAAAUUUUGCAAAGUUUCCUUUUCACGAAGAUGCGAUUUGAAAAGUCAUAUUCAGAACGCGCAUGUUGGACAGGAUGCAAACUAA